ACUGGUAUCGGUUGUAAAUUUCUUCGCUUCCUUCUUUCCGUCGACACACUGUGAACACACGCUUCGACGCUCUGUCGCUUAACACAUAGUUUUAACGCGUCUAGUAUACAAGAAUCCUUUUUUAUCUAACUAAUCGACAUGGCAGAGGAAUAUUUAUACGGAAUCACCCUCGAAGGACCCAACGCCUCUGAAGUAUGGGAUCCAGAACACAGAGCAGAUGAUCCUGACGGCACAAGUCAGCACUUUGGUGGCGACCAGAAACUCAUUAUUAAAAUGGCACUUCUUGGACCAGAAGCUAAGCCAGGUGAAUUAAAUGUUUUGGAAGUCGAAGCAACUGGACUGAGAGGACCCAUCAAAAUCCCAAUAGCUUUACUCGAAAUGGGCAAGACUUCACAGAUUAUUCUUGACUUAAGUUUUCCUGACCCACCAGUUACAUUCACAUUGGUUAAGGGAAGUGGACCCGUUCACAUAGUUGGACACAAUCUUCUUGGCUCGCACAUUGAAGAAUUCGAAGAUAUGGAAGAUAUGGAAGACGAAAUGGAGGAAGAAAAUAUUGACGAUGAGGAUGACGAGAAGGACCCAGAGGAAGAUGACGAGGAUGAUGAACCUAAGAAGAAGAAUGCCAAAAUGUCGUCUGCCGCUAGAAACAAAAGUCAGGCUAACAAGAACAAGAAAAAAUAAAUUUUGCGCGCCUUAAAAACGAAAAGAAAAGAAUUGCACAGAAGGAAAAAAGAAAAACACUCAUAGGCUAGGCUUUUAACAAAUAAGUUUACAAAAAAAAACACUAUUAUUUUGUGUUUCAGCGAAUUUUUAAUAUCAAUAUUUUCAUGAGCUCGCAAUUAUUGUUGCGUGGACAUUGUUAAAUGCCUGAUUUUUUUCGAUUAUUGUACUAUAUAUAUAUAUUUUUUGAAAAACAAAUUUUUUUUUGUUUGUUUUUAACAGUCUGAGUGUGAUUUUGAAAUAUUGAAAAAAUUUCUAGUACAAUUUUUUGUUUAUGUAUAUUUUUUUUUUUAAAGUAUGGAGACAAAACUGAUUCUUAAGAAACCAUCUAAUUGAGAAAGUCUUUUUACAAUUUUAUUAUCACGAAAAAAAGUCUUGAAGUUUUUAUAUUAAUUUUUUUUUGUCAUGACGAAUUAAAUAUAUUUUGUAAAAGUCGAAGUUUUUCUCUUUUGAUAAGCGACAAAUAGUGUUUGUCAAAGCAGACACGAUUGAAUUGUAAAAUCAGUAACUUAUGAUUGGAUAUACGUGUGAUGUACUUAAGUGAUUAAACUAAGUUUGGACAAA